AAAAACAUGGCGAUUUGUUCACAAAUGUCAAAUUCUGUGGUUUCGAAAGGCAAAUUAUGUCUGUUUAUUUUCCUGAUAUCAAGUCAUUGAAGCCCGAAGUGAGAAGUGGCCAUAUAUGUUUUGAGUUUCGAGGAAAUAUUUUUAUAUGGGGUGGAUAUAAUGUUAGUGAUUUAUAUAACAGUAACAAAUAUUAAAUAUAAACAUUUCCGUGUUGAUACAGUUUGUAUAUCAACACGGCUCUUAGCGAAUCAGCGUUUAGAAUUUACAAAUGCUAUAUAAUUAUAAAUCUUUUUUAUAUACUUCUCUUUGUUUUGUUUACAUAUAACUCCCAAACAAUAUUGUGUAUGCGAUAUAAUAGUUACCCUGGUUGCCAGAGGUUCUUGUAUCUUCCGCCCAAUUUCUCGCUCGUCUUUAUUUCGGCAGCACAAGAACCUCUGGAGCCAGGGUAUCGAAUGGUAUCGAAUAGUACUUGUUUACAUAUAACAAACAAUAUUGUGUAUGCGAUAGAAUAGUUACCCUAGUUGGCAGAGGUUCUCGUCUUUUCCGCCCUAUUCUCGCUUGUAUUUAUUUUGGCGGCACAAAAACCUGUGGAACCAGAGUAUCAAAUAGUAUAUAAUAAUUAAAGUGGGUCAUUCCAGAAAACAUCCAUACCACCCCCACGGAGGAAAUAGGAAGUUAACCCUCCUACCCCUUCGGAUGUCCUAAUACAUUUACUAUUAUCAGAAACAUUUUUUUCUCCCCUCCCCCUCCAGACGGCAGAAAUGUCCUCUGUGGGGGGAGUAUGGAUCUUUUCUGGAAGGACCCAAUUUGCCACAGAAAUGAUCAAAAAUAUUCCCUGCCAUUCAGAAUUCUGUUUUUAUUCCUGAUCACCCCCUCUUGACAGACGUGUAGUGAUAAUUUAUAAAUAUUUGAUAUACAGGAUGGUGAUCAAGAUGAAGAUUCUCCUGUGACUGAGUACAUUUCAAGUCGAUCUUUAUGGAUUUAUAAUGUUAAUACUUGUACUUGGUUAGUAGGCUCAUGAUAAUUUAGAAACUUCCAUCAAUUAAUUAUAAACAACAUAUGAAUAGUCAUGUUUAAUGUUAUUAAUUUAGUUUAUUGUACGAUCAUCCAGAUUAAAAUUUUUUAAUUAUUUCUGACGUUUCGGCUACCUACACGGCAGCCAUUAUCAAAGACGUAUUACAAGAAAAAAAAACAAGAAAAAAAACCAAAAAAAAAACAAGAAAUUUUUUUAGAAACAAGAUGUGGCGAAUAGAAUUGCGGUUCAUCACAUGGAAACAAAUCAUAGAAUUGAUUGGGAGGGAGCCACUUGUAUGGAGUUUAAUGGUUUUGAGGAUGAGAGAAUGUUCUUAGAAAGUUGGUUUACAAAAUGCGAUGAAAACAGCAUUAACAUUUGCCGCGAUAUGCCAGGAGCAUACGCUGGACUAAUCACGCAUGAAUGCAGGCUCUCAUGCCUUGAACGCAGGCGCGAGCAAACAACAUCACGAACAUGCGCACGUCAAUUUUGACGCAAGAUAAAAUAAUUAUAACUGUAAAUUUUUUUGUAACUGUAAUAUGUUUUGAUAAUGGCCGCUGUGUAGGUAGCCGAAAUGUCAGAAGUAAUUAAAAAAAUUUAAUCUGGAUGAUCGUACAAUAAACUAAAUUAAUGGAAAAACCCGGAUUCAAGCCCUUCAGUGAAUUUAAUGUUAUUGUUGUUGUGUCUAUAGAGUUUAGGAGGACCAGAUUGGAAAAAAGUUGUAACUUUAUCUGUUUAUCCUCAAUAAAUAAAGUGUUAUUAUUAUUAUUAUUAAUAAUAGAGUAGACUAAUAGUGAGCUCUUUCUCCAAAAAUUAAACUGCUUGCUCUGUUAUGGUAUGCUUCUUUGGUCAACAGUCAUGCCCUUGGUUGAUGGUAAUGCCCCACCUCCAAGUCAAGUGCCCUGCCCACAAAGUGUGUAUUUGCACUUUGCUUUAGGAAACAUGUUUUAUGUACCUGUUAUGGUGAAAUGCCUAAUGGUCUGAGUGGAGCAUGUGCAUCAAGGGUUGGACAGACUCUGUAUGUUUUUGCUGGACAUUGUAUGGAGUUUGGACAUUCAAAUAGUGUAAGUACAAACUAAUGUGGGGAAACUGUAAUUGAACAAUCAUAUCUCCUGGGUCAUGUCUUGCACUCUUUUUCCAUUAGCUUGCCUUCCUCUCCAAGUUUCGAUGAAGAACCUUAACGGUUACAAUUGAUCUCAGACAAUAGCAACAUGCCUGUCAAAUUAAUGACCUGCUUGUUUCCUCACCUUUUCAGUCGUAAUAUUUACUCAAAAUUUCAAUUUACAAAAACUUUAAAUGUCUUAUUUUGUUGUUCAUUAUAAAUUUUUAAAAGUUGUAUUCCCUGGAUCUGGUUACAUAUGAAUGGAAAAAUCACUCAGCUGAGUCUAUCACAGGCCAACCACCACUGCCAAGAGAUAAAUUUGGUUCAUGGGUGAUUGAUAACAGGUAUAUACAUGCAUCAUGUAUUUAUUGAGGACCUGCAGUUAUAUUCAGUACUUAGGUGAUGUUCAUAUGGAGUUGGGCUGGCCUGGUUAACCAGGAUGAUUCAUUUAAAUAAAGCUUAUUGUGCAGCUUUGAUAAACAUUUCACAGUAACUGCUGGUUGCUCUAGCUAUUGCAGGUUAGCACACACUGAAACUCACUUGCUGUAUUUUGUAGGAUAAUCUACUUUGGAGGCUUUGGUCCUUCACCAUAUAGCAGAUAUUAUCAUGGUCCUUUUGUAAUUCUUGAGGUAUUUGGUAUGUUCAUAGUGUUGACAAUGUUCAAAAUAAAUAAUUACUGAGCCCGCUGCCGUUUAAAUGCAUGUAACAAUCAUGAUAUGAAAUUCUCAUGUAUAGAAAUUGUAUUCGAAAGAAUUUUGCGUAAGUUUACGCAAGUUUUGCUCCGUUGGCCAACUAAGAUAUUUUAAGUCAUAUGCAAUCAUGCAAUGUAGAUUGACGGAAGGAAGUGUUGUUUUUUCUUCUCUGAAGCACAUGAGAGGAUGGAAUGGUCAAAUUGCUGUUCUUAACAUAAACGAAGAUGAUUUGUUAGAAUGGGAAUAUCCUUGCGUUAAAGUAAGUCAAGCAUUCAUAUCAAACCAAUCUUGAUCAUUGCCCCCAAUCCCACUAGUGAUCAUAAAACGCGUUAUAUCACCUAACACCUUUAAAGAUGUUCUAAACUGUAUCCUCCAUAGACCUUACUUGAUGGUAUUGUUAUACUAUGUCCACAAUAUCGUAUAAGUUACCUUCUAUAACUAUGCAUUCACCAUGAAUAAAAUGAUCGUACCUUCAUCAAUGCAGGGAGAUCCACCUCAACCGAGAGCUGCUCAUGGCAUGACAAGGAUUGGAAACAAAGGUUUUCUGUUUGGUGGACGACAUUCAGUAAGUACUUUAAUGUACCAUCUAUUUUGAAACAAUGAUAAUAUGAUUAACAGACCUGGAAAAAGUGUUCAAUGUUCCUCGGAUCCUGAAUUUGCCUUUUUCAAAUGUUCUUCAAAAUGUUUCAAAUGUUCCGUGCGUUACGCGUGUCAGUGUAACAAUAAGUUUAUUAUAUUGGUUGUAAAAUUGCUGAGGAAACAAAACAAUCUUCAAAUUCUAUUAACAGGAUAUGAAGAACACUUCGCACUUCGCAGUGUCAAAACUCAAAUGGCAGAUAACUAAAUAUGAUUCCUUAAAAUUCUCCCUUACAGUACGCGUGAAAAAUUCAACAUGUUCCUCAGUCUUGUUGCUAAGGCAAAUGUUCCUCAGGAUCCCGAGAUCCCACUUUUUUCCAGGUCUGGAUAGUCUGGAUAGAAAUAGUGAUUCCAGGGCCAGGGGCCGCUUGUACGAAAUCCAACGGAGUGAUUUUUUAAACUGUCUAAAAUUGACCGUUGAAUAGAAUAACCAAAAUUAAAGUUUAGUAAUAAUAAAUGAAACUGUUUUUCAUAUUUAUUGUGAGAUCUAUAUCUGUCGUGAUGUGUUUCUAUAGGUGUGUCGUGAUAACGACCUUCAUUGCUUGGAUUUACAAAGCUUCACUUGGAGUGGUCGGUAUGUUUCAAGUUUUAUCACCAUGUAUUGUAAUUGUUAUUUUGGGAAGAAGAUUUUGUACCAUUUUUUCUAAAAUUGUCCUCUGAAAUUACGUAAAGGUGCGUUUACACGCUGCGAUAGCUUCUUCAUUUUAUCAGUCUACAGGUAACCGGUCCUGAGCCAUGUGGACGGUCAUGGCACGUGUUUGUCACGUGUGGUCCUAAACAUAUAUUACUUCAUGGAGGAUUUGAUGCAACUAACAAAGAAUUAGGUAUGAUAACGUUUAUAUUACGUUGUAUAUGGAGCUACAGUAGUUACUGGCCAUCCUGCUGGAUAUAGUUGAGUGAUUUAAUGUUGUGCAGAACGAAGGCCUGACACGCCUGUUCAUAUAUGAAAUUCACGAAAGAGCCUGCGGGAACGAGGUUGGUUUAGAUAACUGGUUCCACCAUGGUUUCGGAGUUGUUAGCCAGUCAUGUCAGUUAGGUUUAGAAAAGUGCCUACCUUCACAUGAUUUUUGUAAUUCAACUAAGUGUAAGUUUUGAAGCUUUGAAAUUGGAGUUAGGAGUAGCCGGCUAACCAUUGUACUACAUUUAAAGGCAGAUAUCAUAUUAAAGUAACGAAUUAUGUUUUUAUCUGCAGAUGAUGCGUGGUUGUUGGAUGUCCAUAGUUUGACUUGGAUUGAAAUUGAUGCAUUCAAGCAAAUGAGGUAGGAAUACAUCGAUAAUGGCGUAAAAACCUCGUUAAUAAUAUUUUAAUCAUAAAAUUCAUAAAAAACUCAUUGGUAUGUCAUCAAGAAAAUUCAAAUCAAUACUUAUAAAUAGGAGUCAGCCAGGGGGGUCGUGGUAUCCUAAAUACCUCAUAAACAUGGAUCAAAAUACCUAUUAUUACGGUCAAAAUGUUACAAAAUACCUAAAGCAACCAGAAGCUGUAUAUACCUAAUACCCAUUAGAUCCUGUAUACCCAAAAACCCAUGGCCGACCCUAAUAAAUCACAUAAAGAUUUCCUCCUGAUUUACAUAAACUUUGCCUUCAGCCUUGUAAAUAAAAACCAAAUUAGACAUAUAUUUCAUUUGUCUAAAUUGAACCAUGCAUGAGUAUACCAGUUUUAAUGUAACUUCUUGCAGUAGAUUUGUACUUUACUCUAUAUCUGCGAGUAAACUCUAUAUCUGCGCAUUUUAUAAGCCUCACUAGCUGCGGUUUUAAGAGAGCGGGUUUUAAACCAGUUAAACCGCCAGCCACACAGGCUAUAGCCAAGAUUUGUCAACUGAGCGUGUUCGCCAUAGUAAGACAACCUCUCAUAAAUAUACAAGCUUCGGAUAUGUAGCUCUACCUUGAUUCCGACAGAAGUAAAAAAAACAUAAUGCGCGCAAUUAUACCGUUGUUGUUGGCCAAAAUCAUUCAAUAUAGUCUUGUUCACACUGAUGAAAUACAAGGCUGGAUCACAUCGAGAUGACGUAAGCUGGGCUGAUCAUGAGAAAAUAUAAACCUAAAAUAUUGAAUCUUCAAAACUCUGUUAAAUGAUUCAACAGUUUCUGGUGCUGGAAAGAAAACCAGUUUAGGAGGGUAAGACUAUAUGAUGUAUUAACAUUGAUUGCUAAAGAAACCAAAAUAUUUUGUCUAUUGCGUAUCAGCCGUGAACGUACAAUAUUGUAUUUGUGUCACGCUGUAUCACCCUGUAAUUAAGUUUUGAAACUCGAAACUACUGUAUUUUGCAAGAAAGCGCAACUAUGGCAAUUUGGAGAUCUAUAAACAAUUUGGCUUUGCGCAAAAUACAUAAAAAGGAAUUUAAUGGUAGUUUAGUAAUUAUGUGCAUUAUCAUGUUUUGACGACUAGGUAUACGAAAUUACACACAUGACGUGCCCCUAUAAUGAUGUUUUCAAAAUGCAAAUAUUUCAUCAAUUUUGCACUAACGCUUUAGAAAAACAAUAUUGGAAUAUUUUUUUUGAAGUCAUAGAGUGAUAGAACCUUGGACACAACACUCAGUUAAAACCUUUCUAAAAGGUUGCUAAUGUAUUAGUAGUGUAAGCAAGUAUUGCUAUGUGAAAUAAAGAGCGUUAUGACGAAUAUCUAAAAUGAUCUUGAACAAAUAUUAAUGUAAUAUAAAACUCUAUGCACUAUCACUGAUGAAACGCAAGUCAAAUUUGAAAAAUCGUAACAUCUAAAGAGUAAAGAUAUAUAUAUAUAUAAUGUACCCAAAAUAUAUCUAAGUCUAAAAUCCCUCCGUUCCAGUUAUUUGCAGCACAGUUUAUGCUAUAAAUGUCUAACAAUAGACGCCAUGCGAUCAAUAAUUCGACCAAAACAUUCUAGCAUAAAUAUUCUAGUAAUUUCGGUUAAAUAUUCGUUCCAAAUAAUGUAAAAAGAAGUCUCCGUUUUUAAGGUAAAAACCAAAAGUGCAUUUCUUGAUUCCAUUCAGUAAACCACCGGAUAGUACGCGUAUAUAGACGAACGUCCCAAUCCCGAUGAUUGUUGUAUGCCAUUUUCGUUCUCUUUUGACAACUUGAACAUCGCGACAACGCUUGCAAUAGCCACUCCAAUAACCCCAGCUGCUAAAACACACGUAACAGCAACAACAGCAACAGUCACAACCAUUUUGAAUAUUUCUUUACAUCAAUUUCUCGACAAAACUUAUGGCUGUUUAUAAUCGUCGUUUCGCUUGAUGGCUUUGUCAACGUCGAAUAAAUUAUCCUUGUUUACGUCGAACAUCUCAAAUGCGCAGUGGGUCGCGGAA